AGCGGCGCACACUGUCGCAAGGCAUCAAUGUUGUGACGGGUCAAAGGGAUCUAGCUAGGUACCUAAUCGUCGCCUUGAUCGUGUUGAAUUUUAAAGUAAAAGGUAGCUAGCUAUGCUUGCUAUUGAUCUCCGUUUGACAACUGCUACCGGUCCAACAUACAUUAGCUUGCAGUGAAAAGGAACCUCGAUCGUGUUCUGACUGCGCGUGUCACGAAACAAGUCAAGACUGUGAUUGUAGUGUCCAUCAAAGUGGACACCAUUUUAUCAAGGAUAGCUAGCUAGCUAGUCUAUUCCAAAUCGACUAAAAACACUGGCCUUCGCGUUGUGAAUGGGUUUGCGAUAGCAAACUACUGCUACAGAGAGGGGAGCGCGUCAUCCAGUAAAAUGGAAACGGCAGAUGAAGCAGAUAUAUGUCGUGUGUGUCGUUCGGAGGGGACUCCAGACAAGCCCCUGUACCACCCCUGUGUAUGCACCGGCAGUAUCAAGUUCAUUCAUCAGGAAUGUUUGGUCCAGUGGCUGAAGCACAGCAGAAAGGAGUACUGUGAAUUAUGCAAGCACAGAUUUGCUUUCACACCAAUUUACUCCCCAGACAUGCCCCCCCGCCUGCCCAUCCAGGACAUCUGUGCUGGCCUGCUGACCAGUGUGGGCACGGCCAUACGAUACUGGUUUCAUUACACACUGGUGGCCUUCGCAUGGCUGGGGGUGGUUCCCCUCACUGCAUGUCGAAUCUACAAGUGUCUGUUUACCGGCUCCGUGAGCUCGCUCCUGACGCUGCCAUUGGACAUGCUUUCCACAGAGAACCUGCUGGCGGACUGUCUACAGGGCUGUUUCGUGGUGACGUGUUCGCUGUGUGCUUUCAUCAGCCUGGUGUGGUUAAGAGAGCAGAUUGUCCAUGGUGGUCCCCCACUGUGGCUGGAGCACCACCAGCAGCCCCAGCCCAACGCAGCCGGACAACAGCCCAACGAGGCUGCAGGUGCAGGUCAGGGAGCAGCUGAUGACCCCCCUGCAGUCCCCCCUGCCCCCGCCGCCCCUCCAGCUCACAACGAGGCAGAACCAGAGCCCCCAGACGGCCUCCCAGAACAGGGGGAGGAGCCAGAACUAGACAAUGAAGAAGAGGGAGCGGCGGCUGAAGAUGCGGACGCCAACAAUGGAGCUCAAGAUGAUAUGAACUGGAAUGCUCUAGAAUGGGACAGAGCAGCAGAGGAGCUCACCUGGGAGAGGAUGCUUGGACUGGAUGGCUCCUUGGUGUUCUUAGAGCAUGUGUUCUGGGUUGUGUCUCUGAACACUCUCUUCAUCCUGGUGUUCGCGUUCUGUCCAUACCACAUUGGUCACUUCUCUGUCGUGGGACUUGGCUUUGAGGAAUAUGUUCAAGCUUCCCAUUUCGAGGGCCUGAUCACGACCAUCGUGGGGUACAUCCUGCUGGCCAUGACGCUCAUCCUCUGCCACGGGUUUGCGGCUCUGGUCAGGUUCCAGAGGUCCCGCCGUCUACUAGGGGUCUGCUAUAUUGUUGUCAAGGUCUCUUUGCUGGUCGUCGUGGAGAUAGGAGUUUUCCCCCUCAUCUGUGGCUGGUGGCUCGACAUCUGCUCUUUAGAGAUGUUUGAUGCGUCUCUAAAGGACAGAGAGCUGAGUUUUAAAUCUGCUCCAGGCACCACCAUGUUCCUCCACUGGCUGGUGGGAAUGGUCUACGUCUUCUACUUCGCAUCCUUCAUCCUCCUACUGAGAGAGGUGCUGAGGCCUGGGGUCCUGUGGUUUCUGAGAAACCUGAACGAUCCAGACUUCAACCCAGUCCAGGAGAUGAUCCACCUACCUAUCUACAGACACAUCCGCAGGUUCAUCCUGUCUGUGGUACGUACAUCUACAGACACAUCCGCAGGUUCAUCCUGUCUGUGGUACGUACAUCUACAGACACAUCCGCAGGUUCAUCCUGUCUGUGGUAUGUACAUCUACAGACACAUCCGCAGGUUCAUCCUGUCUGGUACGUACAUCUUAAGACACAUCCGCAGGUUCAUCCUGUCUGUGGUACGUACAUCUACAGACACAUCCGCAGGUUCAUCCUGUCUGUGGUACGUACAUCUACAGACACAUCCGCAGGUUCAUCCUGUCUGUGGUAUGUACAUCUACAGACACAUCCGCAGGUUCAUCCUGUCUGUGGUACGUACAUCUACAGACACAUCCGCAGGUUCAUCCUGUCUGUGGUACGUACAUCUACAGACACAUCCGCAGGUUCAUCCUGUCUGUGGUACGUACAUCUACAGACACAUCCGCAGGUUCAUCCUGUCUGUGGUACGUACAUCUACAGACACAUCCGCAGGUUCAUCCUGUCUGUGGUACGUACAUCUACAGACACAUCCGCAGGUUCAUCCUGUCUGUGGUACGUACAUCUACAGACACAUCCGCAGGUUCAUCCUGUCUGUGGUACGUACAUCUACAGACACAUCCGCAGGUUCAUCCUGUCUGUGGUACGUACAUCUACAGACACAUCCGCAGGUUCAUCCUGUCUGUGGUACGUACAUCUACAGACACAUCCGCAGGUUCAUCCUGUCUGUGGUACGUACAUCUACAGACACAUCCGCAGGUUCAUCCUGUCUGUGGUACGUACAUCUACAGACACAUCCGCAGGUUCAUCCUGUCUGUGGUACGUACAUCUACAGACACAUCCGCAGGUUCAUCCUGUCUGUGGUGGUGUUUGGUUCUAUCGUCCUCCUGAUGCUGUGGCUGCCCAUCAGGAUGAUAAAGGUCUUCCUCCCUGCCUUCCUCCCCUACAACGUCCUCCUCUACAGUGAUGCCCCAGUCAGUGAACUCUCUCUAGAGCUGUUGCUGCUGCAGGUGGUUCUGCCAGCUCUCCUAGAGCAGGGUCACACACGGCAGUGGCUCAAAGGUCUGGUCAGGACCUGGACUGUUAGUGCUGGAUACCUACUAGACCUCCACUCUUACCUGCUGGGUGAACAGGAAGACAAUGAGGCCAACCAGCCUGUCAACAACAACAACAACCCUGCUCCCGGUCACCAUAACAACAACCCUGCCCAUGUUGUGGGGGAAGGGCUUCAUGCAGCCCAUCAGGCCAUAUUACAGCAGGGUGGACCUAUAGGCUUCCAACCCUACCAACGCCCUCUACGCUUCCCCUUUAGGAUCGUCUUGCUGAUAGGCUUUAUGUGUGUCACUCUGCUGGUGGCCAGCCUGGUGUGUCUGACAUUACCAGUUUUUGCGGGCCGUUGGCUGAUGUCGUUCUGGACGGGUAGCUCUAAGAUCCAUGAGCUGUAUACAGCAGCGUGUGGUCUGUACGUGUGCUGGCUGUCCAUCCGCGGUGCCACCGUGCUGUUGGCCUGGAUGCCCCAGGGACGCACCAUCAUCAUGAUCAAAGUCCAGGAGUGGACUCUCAUGAUUCUGAAGACCCUGGUAGUAGCAUUGCUGGUGGCAGGUGUUAUUCCUCUACUGCUGGGCCUGCUGUUUGAGCUGGUGAUCGUUGCUCCGCUACGCGUUCCUCUGGACCAGACACCUCUCUUCUACCCCUGGCAGGACUGGGCUCUGGGGGUGCUCCAUGCCAAAAUCAUCGCUGCCAUCACCCUCAUGGGUCCCCAGUGGUGGCUAAAGUCUGUCAUAGAACAGGUGUAUGCUAACGGCAUCAGGAACAUCGACCUCCAUUUCAUUAUCCGUAAGCUGGCUGCCCCUGUCAUCUCAGUGCUGCUGCUGUCCCUGUGUGUCCCCUACGUCAUAGCAGCCGGGGUCGUACCUACCGUAGGUGUGACUCCAGAGAUGCAGAUUCUGAUACAGAGGAGGAUCUAUCCGUUCCUCCUGAUGGUGGUGUCCAUCAUCGGCAUCCUCUCAUUCCAGAUACGACAGUUCAAACGCCUUUACGAACACAUCAAGAACGACAAGUACCUGGUUGGCCAGCGGCUUGUCAACUAUGAACGCAAGGCGAGGGGAGCCAGCUCUGUCCCGCCCCCUAACCCUAUCCCAGAGUAGUCAUGUUUGUGUGAGGUCAAGGCUUUUGGAAAUGACCCUUCUCGUGUUCUCCCUCCCUCUCUCGUUCUCUGUGGUGUUCAUGCCUUGCUUUGGUUAAGUGCAACCUGAGAACUGUACAUGUGUAAAUACUUUGGACGCACUCUGUUGUCUGAAAUGUAAAAGACUUGAAUUAAUGCAGUGACCAUUGUACAUCUUAGUGUAUUUAUGAAAUCAAACUGACAAUUUGCCUCCUGUUUGUGUCCUGUUGAUUGUCAUGUUAUAAAAUUGUACAGUAAAAAAAAUGUUUUUACAU